GUACAUUGCGCCAACUAGCGUGCCGCGGCAAUCUGGGGAGUUGAGAUCAACUCUGUUCCUGUCCGUGACGUUUCUGUGGUUUUCCCAAAAGUUUCGCGUUUAUUUAUUGAAAAUUGAGUAAAAAGUGCUGAUUUUCGACUAGGAAAAAGUCGCCGACAUGACUCUGGUGCGGGCAUUGUGCAUAGUAGUCCUUGGAUAUUGCGUGGCGGCUCUCGACAGUCAAGAAUACAACACAGAGGCCGAGGCGCCGCGCCUGGAUAUCUCCAAUCGGGACAAUGGCUACCAUGGUAUCGUGAAAGAGAACGAAAGUAUGGUGGAAGUCACUCCUCCAAUCCGAGUUACGGGUUCGGAGGUUUGUCAGUUUCGGAUCGUGAGCAAACAUCAUGUGGAUGCGCCAUUUAGCAUGUACCUAAAUAAGGAUGGACAAGCAGUCAUGGAGGCUCACAGGCGUUUGAACUGUGAGAAGAGGAAGAACUACAAGUUUGAUAUUAUCGCCGUUGGGUGCAAUAAGAAGGAGAGCCAGAGUGCAACUGUACAUAUCACUGUAUCAGACGUCAAUGAGUACUCGCCCACUUUCACUGAGCCGAGCUACGUUAGGCAAGUGGACGAGGGCAGAAUAUAUGCAGAAAUCCUGCGAGUUGAAGCCAAAGACCAAGAUUGCACCCCGAAAUUCGGAGAUGUUUGCAAAUAUGAAAUUUUGACUUCGGACCAACCGUUCGUCAUCGAUAUGGACGGAGUCAUCAGAAACACUGAACCUUUGGACUAUGAAAGAUCGCACAAUCACAUUCUCAGCGUGGUUGCUUACGACUGUGGAAUGCGGCAAUCUUUUCCUGCCUUGGUCACGAUCAAGGUAAAUCGCGUCUGCAGACUGGGAUGGAGAGGAUUGCCCGAAAGGGUGGAUUAUGCCCCUAUGAGCGGAAGACAGGAGCUGUUUCCAAGCGCCACCUUGGAAUUGUGCGAUGUGCCUUGCAAUAUCAGAGAAAUGAGAGCUAGAGUUGACUUGGCUACUAGGCAUAUUGGGAAAGGUUGUGAUCGAGACACAUAUUCAGUUCAAUCGCAGCGUAAACUUUGUGGAGCAUCGCCGGCAGCUGUCGACUUAUUGCCAUCUCCAGGAGCAGGGGCCGAAUGGACGAAGCCUUUGAUAUCAGAUGAAGGCCAUGAAUCCGAUCAAAUGUUCGAAUUUGAUGGCAGCAGCACUGCAGUUUCCAUCCCCAAUUCGGUACUCAAUCACUCUUUAUCACCGAUUUUCACCAUUGCCACCUGGAUGCGGCAUGGCGAGCACAGCGAGCACAGCGAAGAAGACAAGCAUGUUAAAGAGCAUAUUCUAUGUUCUGCUGAUGACCACAGUCCAUCUCACCAUAAAACGUUUGAGAUGAACAGACAUCAUUAUGCGCUGUUCGUUCGAAAUUGCAGAAUGAUUUUGCUGUUGAGACGCGACUUUUCCGAAGGCGACUUGAACAUCUUCAGGCCAGCGGAAUGGAGAUGGAAGAUCAGCCAGGUUUGCGAUGAUCAAUGGCAUCACUAUGCAAUCAACGUGCGUUUCCCUAAUGUGGAACUUUACGUUGAUGGCCAACUCUUCAGGUCCGAAAAGAAGAAUCCUGAAGUUAUUGACGACUGGCCUUUACAUCCUACUAAGGGAAUCAAUACCACUCUUACUGUUGGAGCUUGCUGGCAGGGCUCCGAUAACCAGAUGAAGCACCACUUGAAAGGAUACUUGGCCGGAUUGAGCAUCCUCGUCGGCGAAACUGAAAAAUCCGAAGUCCUCAACUGUCUGCAUCAGUGCAAGGAGAGCUUACAGGUACCAACUAUGGAUUUGCUUCAGCCAGGAAUGGAAUUGCUGACGAACUCGGAUUUGACCGAAGUGACUGUUGAAGGCGAUAAUCGCACUAAUUUGGAAAUGUUGGUCCGCAAAGUCGGCUACGCCAACACCAGGGAAUUUCCCACUCCAGGCAGGCGUAAUUUGAAACUGACCACAACCGUUACUUGCGACACUGGAAAGAUCGUGAAUGUACCGGCGGCGCAAACGUAUGUAAUGGUUCUGAGGCCUCAAAUUCCCAGUAUACACUUGAAUGGUACCGGUAACAUGGCAAGGAAGUACGAAGACUUUAGAAUGGGAGUGCGUGUAUUAGCGGAUAUUCAUAUCACCGGCGAACAAAAACUGGACAAAUGCCAAUUGACUAUCUACCCGAACUUGAAUCCUGACCACGAAAACUUGGCUGUUCCUGAAGAAACGUUGAAAAGCCUCGGAAUGGCUGCCCGUGUUUCAAAGGACGGCGUUACGAUUAGUGGAUCUGACAUGGUUUUUAAUUACCAACAAGUUCUGCGGGAGCUGGUUUACACCAAUAAGAAACCCGCAUACUAUUUAAACAGAGUGUUUAAGCUGACAUGUUCUGAAUUGAAUGGAAGAUUCAGCAGCAACGAAUACGUGCAAACUCUGACGGUUAUUCAUCCGCAACCCAAAGAAUCCAUUGUGGCCCAUGCUAAAAUUAACAGACACAAUGUGGAAGUGAGACCAGCUUCUGUUAUCUCACGCGAUUAUGUGCAGGCCAGCCAUCUCAAUCUCAUGGCAAGUGGAGGAUCGCACGCUGUUACUAUUAUUGUGGUUGUUUGUGUCGGUUUCUUGUUGUUCAUGAUUGUCUUGGGAGUUAUCAGAAUCAGAGCUGCCCAUCAUAAAUCAUCAAGCGAAGAGGCGCAGGAUGGCGAAAUGACUUGGGAUGAUUCGGCUUUGACUAUUACGGUUAAUCCAAUGGAGAAUGCUGAUCAUAAAAUGGAGCGCAACGGCUGCGGACCGGAAGAUUACUCAGAAUCUGAUCAAUCCGACUCAGAAAGUUCAUCUGACGAGGACGGGCCAGGAGACCGACCAUGUCGCGUGCGCGUCGAUUCCUCUGAUGAGGAAGAAGAUGAAAUCCCAGCUUCUACACGACGCAAGCGAGACUAUCAAAACGUCUCGCAACUCGAAUGGGACAACAGCACAAUGUAAAGUGGCGCUGGAGAAAAGGGUAGAAUCCUGAACAGGAUGGGAAAUGGAAUCUUAGAAACGCAAAUAGUAAACCUUCCAUGCAAUAUCAAUUAAUAGAAUCGCAUUUGUAAUGGAACUAAAAUUCGUUCGUCCUCUGCCCACUCAUCCUUGUACACCCUAUUCUACCAAGUAGCAAAAAAAAUGUCAGUUGUGCUGUUACGCAACCUGUUGUGCCAUAAGAGCAGCUAUUAAGGCACUGAAAAUCCAGGUUUUUCGUCUAGGAACACUAUCAGUGCAUCUGUUGCAUGUGAAAUAUCAAUUUUCGCCAUUCUAACAUUGCACGGCAGUGUUUUUAGAUCUUGAAUUACAUUGAUAUCAACAGUAAUCGUCCAUAAAAUUAAUGUUAGAGAAUAUAGUAUACAGUAUGUUGUAUAAUGUACUCCCUUUACACUAUUUCUUUGUGUAGGAGAUAGUCUUCAUUGGUGUUUAAGUCAAAGAUGUAAAGCGAAAUAUUAUCACGGCGUGUUUUUGCCGCUUUGACUUACUAAAAAUAAUCAAUUACUACAUAUACGUGGUGAUGGUAACUUGGUUAUACCAGCCAGUAUACCCGCGCUUUAGCCAUUUUAUAUUAAGUUUCGAUCAAAUGCGGCUUUUAUUUUUAACAACUCUAACCAUUUAAGUAUUAUUUUUAAAUUCACGUUUGUUUUAUUUGUUAUGUAACACUGGUUUGUUUUGUUUUGCACUUAAUCUAUACUACUGUAUAUUUAGAUAAGAUUCUAAUGGAUUUAUGAGAAGGUUUUCAUCUUCACGCGAUUGAGGAAUUUAUUACUAUUAAGAUUUCAAUAUUAUGGACACUGAAUGCGAUGUUUAUUUCAACCGGAGAACGAAUCAAUAAAAAAAUCAACUGAGUUGAUUGACUUGAGGAUAACUUGAUGAUGACAUCCUUCUUCCUGAUGACAAAUAAAGAUGAGCGCCUGCCCCUUCAGAGGGGUUUUGCUUGAAAGCUUACACCGAAUUGAUGUAUAAGCAAAACUACUCUAAUGAGACAAGCCACUUGUACUUGUGCGUCAUCAGGAAGAAAUUCUGUUUCAGAACGGUCUGGACUUUUAUUCUGUGUCCAAAUAGUUCAAAGUUACAAAAAGCGUUGACUAAACCUGUAUGUUAAAGCAGAGCCAUUAUUAUUUCGAAGUAGUGAAAACCGAAUAUUUCAAUUAAAUUUUAAAUUUAGUAGAGCAGCUAUUUAUCGAUUUUUUGUACUUAACUAGAUCUUAAGGCAAUCUACAGCCGUUAUUCCCUCUAUCACUGUUUUAAAUGUCACAAUAAUAUUCCAAUCAUAUCAAGUUUUUACGUGUGUGCAAUCACUUGCGGCUGUUUGUCGUUUUUGGCUGAUUCUCGAAUAGAUUUUCGCCGUGUAAAAUCGAACCCUGAUAUUUCAGAGUCGGUCAAAACCGAUUUUUUGCGUUGUAUUUUUAACUGGAGUUUUGUAAAGUUUUUGCACCCCAACCUUGCUAGUAAGGACGGAGCAUAACCUCCCAGGUCGCCACACACGUUCUAAAUGCAAAUAAGGCUUCGUAUUAAGCAUUGAAGACUGCAGGGGUUGUGUUCCCAUAAAAUUUAACAUAAGAACCUAUGUAUUCUAACCUAAGAGCCUUUACGCUAGGUUGUUGUCUAUUUUUCACCCCAGCCCAUUUGAAGACUCGACAAGUUUGGCUGUUUCAAUGCUCAAACUUGCCUAAUUCUCAAUGGAAAGUAGUGUCGAUGUUAUCUGCCUUCUUUACUCGCACAAUUCUUUUAGUUUUCAGAUUUAAAAAAUAUUGACAAAAUACGUCUUGUAUAUACAUUAUGCAGCUCUAGAAUUAUUUUUUGUAAUUGUAGCGAAAUAUUAUAUGGGUACUUAAAGAGAAAAAAGUGCUUUACUUCCCAAUAUCCCUACAUUUGCAUAUUACCUGGACUAGUAUGCAUCUAUACCGAUAUCGGGGAAAUAGGAAACUUUAGUUUUAUUUUGGGAUAUCGCUAAAAUUAAAACUUAUACCUAAAACGCAAUAUUUCUAGUAGAUAAAUAAUAUACUUUUUUCAAUAUCAUGUUACGCAAUACUAUUUACUUUACCUCUAUGUUGUAUGGCAAAACUCUCCCUCGUUUUCGUUGAAAAUUGUUGUUAAAGUAGAUCGCUGUGAUUUUAUGGAGACAAAUAUUGUUUUUGGAUACGGAUCGGCACAAAAUAAAGCAGAUUGGAUUUGCGGAACAACAAGAAAACUAUCGACAGCAAAUACACGAGUAUGAGCGAAUAAUUAAUUACAAUCGUCAGACUUAACUAACCAAUUAUUAUUGCUUGAUUAUAUAAGUGGCUUAUAAAUAAUCGAACUAAUUCAAGUAACUCUAUGCGUGUAUUUGAAGUCAGAGCGUUUGUAGGGUCUAUUGGUUGUACAUACAGUUGUAGAUGUUAGGAAGUUGUUAGUCGUCUGUUGUUAUAAAAAAAUCAAAUUUUAACCGUAGUUGGAAAAAGUGAAAGAAAUACCGAGAAAUUUUAAAUUAUAACAAAAGUUAGUUGAAGCUAAAUUCCAUGUCCCCACAGUGGAGUCUGAAUGGAAGUUUGGUAAAUAACACAGUCCUUUCUAUCAAAUCAAAUGUGUGUGGAAUUUGCCAAAUUUCUCGAAGAAAACUUGUUAGCUCUGAAUUUGGUCAAGAAAAUCCAGUCUGUCUUAUUUUGUCCCCGGCACAGGCGCAUACUUCAAGUAUCAAGAAAAAGGAAAAGGUACACUAUUUUUUAUGAAAAUACGUAAUGACGUACAUUUAGGACAUUCCAUGUAACGUUAAGUAUCAGUACUUGCCGAAAUUCAGCAACGUUUCAUUCAGACGAUGGCUAAAUCGGUCUGCAGAUGAAAUUAGGGCUUGAACGGCGCUGAAUUUUCGCACAGAGCAGUUUAAUUUUAAUUUAUGUAAUGUAAACAAAGAAAAGCUUUUUUGUGUGUUACAUUGUAAGAAAUAAAAAAAUCAAAUAACCAUGUCUUUUUAGAUGUAAAUCACAAUAAUUAUGUAACGAAUAAAUGUAUAUUAAAUA